GUGGGACAAACAGCUGAUUUUGGGACGCCUACCGGCUUUAUUGGAAUGUUGUUUUCCUGACUUUUCCCCGGUGUUUUUCUUUAUGUGAAAAAUGGAUAAAUUGUGGGAGAAAACUGUGGAAAUAUUUCCAAUCCUCGAGAGAAAGGUAAUCUCGAAAGAAUGUGAUCAGGAGGAAAUGAAGAUGGUAGUCACAGAGUUGCUCCGGAUGGACAUUGCAGAGAAUAUCUAUGAGACGUGUUUCAUAGAGAUUGGGGGUGAACUCAGGCAGAGGGUGGCGCCGAAAUUUUGGCAAAACUUCCGGCAUCACAGGGAUCAGGAUGAUGGGUUCUGUCGCUUCCAGAAGGCUGUAACAGAGCUACGGGAGGAUUUUCAGCUCUUUUCUGGUGUCAUUGAGCGCCUCAGGCAGAUGCGGAGCUGGUGCUCCUUUGAGAGAAUUGAGAAUCACUCCGAUGAAGCUGAGCGCUUCAGUGAACUCUUCCGGACGACGCUUCUGUCGCAACUUCCGGUCAAUUUCAAUGACAUCGUCGUGGCAUUCUACAAGCUAUCCUUCCGGGUAUUUGCCAAUAGUCACAUGCACGAGAUCACCGAUCCGGAAGAUGUUCCGGAAAUGGAGGAGAUGAAGUGCAGUGGAUGUCAGAGUGAGGCAGACAACUGCCGGUGUCAGGAAAUCGUGAAUGCCUUCAAUAACACCAAUCGGCAUCUCAUCGAAAUGGGCCUCCUGGAUCGACUGGCCGGCUUCACGCUGACAAAUCUCAUUGAGGAGCGCAUUGAGGCGUCUGUCCGGGAGAUGUGCAAAGGGGUCUUUGUGUCGAAUAUUGAUACCCUGGAGAAGUGGCUGAGUGCCAUUGUCAUCAACUGGCUCAUCCGCAUCUACAACAUGGGAUGCCUCCGGAUUGAUGAGGACAAUGCCAAGAUGAAGGCAACCAUUGCUGAGUUCCGCAUGAAGCUGAACUUCUUCAUGUACGAAACCUAUGCAAAUGUCAUCAUUGAGCAGUUCUUUGACAUCAUCAUCGACUUCCCUGAAUCCCAGCCUGCUAUUGAUGAUCUCAAGGUUUGCUUUGAAAAAGUCGAUUUGCGCCCCCACCUCGUCCAGACGCUGAAACUGGCCCUGGAAACGCGCCUUUUGCAUCCCGGCGUGGACACGGCAGACAUUCUCACUGGGUAUGUGUCCGCAAUCAAGGCGAUACGUCACCUUGACAGCAGCGGAGUCCUCUUGGAAACCAUCACAGAGCCCGUCCGGGAGUACCUGCGCAGCCGGACAGAUACAGUUCGGUGCGUUGUAACGGGGCUCAUUGAGGACGGCCCCACUGAUCUGGCUGAGGAAUUGGCCAAGAGUGAGGCACUUAAAGAGGAGGGGAUCACAGUGGUGGAUGAUUUGACCAAUUGGGAAGCAUGGAAUCCCGAUCCCGUCGAUGCAAAUCCCUCAAAAGUGAAACCCAAUCGUUCUGCUGACAUAAUCUCCAUGGUUGUGGACAUCUACGGCAGCAAGGAGCUCUUUGUGAAUGAGUACAAGAAUCUCCUGGCAGAGCGGCUGCUGAUGCAGCUGGAUCUCAAUUCAGAGAAGGAAAUUCGGAAUUUGGAGCUUCUGAAGCUGCGUUUUGGCGAAAGUGUUCUGCACAGCUGCGAGGUGAUGCUGAAGGAUAUUAGUGAUUCCAAGAGGAUUAAUGCGCACAUCCAGAGUGAUGGGAAUUAUGCGGAUUCCAAGGUAUUUGAGUUUUCCAGCUUGAUUCUCUCGGCGCAAUUCUGGCCGGUGUUCAAGAAGGAAGAUCUCGAGCUUCCGGAACCGAUUCAGGCACAAUUUGAGAGCUAUCGUAAAUCCUACGAGGCCUACAAGGGCAACAGGACACUCCACUGGCGACCUGUUAGUGGGAAAGUCACCCUGGAUGUGGAGCGGAUGGGCAAAGUGACCGAGUACACGGCAACCCCGACACAGGCGACGAUUAUUUAUCAUUUCCAGGAGAAAUCCGAGUGGAAUCUCACAGAUUUGGGGAAUGUCAUGAAGAUUCCUCCGUCUGUGCUGCGGAGGAAGAUCACCUUCUGGCAGACGCAUGGGCUGCUCAAGGAAACAAAGGAAGGAACAUUUGUCCUUGUCGAGGAAACCAAUGAUUCCGAUCUGGAGGAGAUGCAAACGGAGCAGCAGGAUAUUUGUGAUGAUGAUGAGGAGUCUGAGAAUGCCGUUGCUUCGGCCAGUGAUCAGCGUGAGGAGGAACUCCAAGUAUUCUGGUCCUACAUUGUUGGGAUGCUCACAAAUCUCGAUUCUCUGCCCCUUGAGCGCAUCCAUCAAAUGCUAAAAAUGUUCGCCUCAAAUGAAAAGGGAGUUGAAUUCUCUCUCGAUGAACUGAAGGACUUCCUCCAGACAAAAGUCCGGGAACAUCAGCUUAUCUUUGCUUCCGGUGUCUAUCAUUUGCCCAAGUAAAAUAAAAAAAAACUUUCUUUGCUUAAAA